CUUCUUUGCUUCCACUGCCCCCAGAAACUGAAGCCGCAGCGCCGCCGUCCGGGCUCCCGCUUUAGCGCUAGGCCGAGGCCCAAGUCGGGGCCUCGAGUGGCAACCGCCGCCGGCUAUGGCGCGCUUCGGCGCGGCUUUCAUCUACGACGAUGACGAGGAUGUGGCUGGAGUAGUAGGCCCCGCGGGCUACGGAGAAGUCGGGGGCGGCGACCGGCGAGCCAGGCAGCAGGCCCGCCACUACCAGCUCCUCUCCGAGCUCCAGGCCCUGGUCAAGGCCCUUCCCAGUUCCUCGCAGCAAAGGCUGUCCUACACCAUCCUCAGCGACCUGGCUUUGGCGCUCAUUGACGGGACGGUCUUUGAGAUUGUGCAAGGCCUGCUGGAGAUCCAGCACUUGACGGAACGCAACCUUUACAACCAGCGCCUCAAGCUGCACAGCGAGCACCGAGUUCUCAAGCAGGAGAUGCUGCACAAGCACAAGGAUGCCCAGCAAUGCUGCAAACCUCACAACCUCCCCCUUCUCAAAGCAGCGCACCAGAGGGAGCUUCAGGCCAUGGAGCAGCACAUUCACGAAGAGCAGCAGAUGAUGGACAAGAAAAUUGUAUUGGAACUGGAUCAGAAAGUCAUUGACCAGCAGAGCACCUUGGAGAAAGCCGGCGUCUCUGGGUUUUAUAUCACCACCAACCCUCAGGAACUGACUCUCCAGAUGAAUCUGCUAGAGCUCAUUCGGAAGCUGCAGCAGAAAGAGUCGCAGCCAAAAAAGCCUUUCUCUUGAGGAGGAGAGGGUGGCAGAGGAGCCCAAUUCCUGCUUCGAGUCACACUGCACCUGGGGGGGGGGGGUCAUCUUUACAGAGGUGGUGAAAUGUUUUAUUUUUAUAUAGAGAAGAUGGGUACGUCGAAUUUCAUUCCAGAGCGCAGAAGAAACAGGGAACCAUGUGUAAGGUUUUACGUUUCUCAAUAAGACCAUGGCUAGAAGAAACUGUGUCUGCCCUCCUCAGCACCCGCCGAAGCCUAAAAAUUCACUGGAUUCCAUAUUUAUUUAUUCUAUUGCUCAAAAUUUUGUCAGAGCUUGGGCGAGUCAAGUUUUUUGCGCCACAACUUGGUGAACCUCCGCAGCUGACGCAGUCCUUGCCGGAAGGAGGAUUCUGGUAGUCCCAAAGUAACUUUUCCAAGCUCUGGUUUGGUUUUUGGUUUUUCAGUGAUAGCCGUUGAGGAAUUUCCGCUGGUUUUCAAGUUUUGAAAUGAUGCGACAUACUAAGGUCUCUGGAGGGGGGGGGGGGGGGGAACAUGCAAUAAAACAGACUCAUUUGCUCCCAUUUAGAGGCAGUGGCAGUUCUCACGGAGGAUGAGAAAACCAUUCUGGGGUGUAAAAGUGAAUGGGUGGGGGCCAGAACUUGUUUAGUUUUUAACCAAAACAUUAAAAAGCUCCAUAUUA